ACCACAUUGGCCCAGUCUUCUUCCGUCCGCCUGCGGGAGAAUUCAAAAUGAAUCGCUCUGUUUAUCGGUCUAUUUCGGAGCUGUGUCCCAAGGAUGUGCGACAAGCGAGUGCGAAGCGUGCCAAGCCUCCGGUUCCAUAUGGCACCACCUGGUUUCGCAGUGCCUCGAAGUGCAUUUAGGGAUAAACAUUAAUGGCAGACCGGAGUGAUCAUAAUCCCGGGGUUCAAGCGCGUAUCCUGUUUGGGGAACACAGUGGAAGUCGUUUGGGUUGGAUCCUUAAGUUUAAAUCCCUAAUAGGGAAUUAAUAUCUUCUCAUGAAUCUUAAUGAAUACCCUGAUGUGAAUUCUAUUAAAAGGAGAAGCUCCAAACUAAUUUUACUACUUGGCACACCUCCCAUUCGAGAUAAGGAAUGGCCUAUAAGGAGCACCUUGACCCUCGAGACUUAGCCUUGAUUAGGGCCUCAUUUCAUGGAUAGGACGUCACAUGCGCAGGUUUAUCAGGAUGCUGACCCGCGGGUCAUUAGACCCAUUCAGCAGCAGAUUAGCGAAGCAAAACCGUGUUUUUAUAUUCUAUAUUCAGUUGAGAUUCUAAAUUAGUCGCGCGCGGCAGCAUCUCGAAAUGUGGCGCCAUCGCAUCCUGCAGCAGGCAUCCCGUCGCGGGAUCAGCAAGCAAGUGAAAGGAGCCAAACAGGAGCCAAGUGGAUCCCUUCCAGCCUCGGCGGAUGUGGUGGUGAUUGGCGGCGGUUCGGCGGGCUGUCACACCCUCUAUCACCUGGCACGACGUGGGGUGAAGGCCGUGCUCCUGGAACGUGCCCAACUCACGGCCGGAACCACCUGGCACACCGCCGGAUUGUUGUGGCGCCUGCGUCCCAACGAUGUGGAUAUCCAGCUGCUGGCUAAUUCGCGUCGGAUGCUCCAGCAAUUGGAAAAGGAAACCGAACUAGAUCCGGGUUGGAUUCAAAAUGGUGGCAUCUUCAUUGCCCACAAUGAAACGAGAUUGGAUGAGUAUCGCAGACUGGCAACGGUGGGUUCAGCUCUGGGUAUUGAAAACCAGAUUCUGAGUCCCGAAGAAACCCAGAAACUGUUUCCCCUGCUGGAUCCCUCGGCUUUUGUGGGAGCCCUUUACUCGCCGGGAGAUGGUGUCAUGGAUCCAGCGAUGCUGUGCGCCGCUCUCAAGAAGGCAGCCACAAAUCUGGGAGCUCAGGUGAUCGAGAACUGUGGAGUGGAUGAUCUGCUGCUGGAACACACUUCCAGGGGUAAGAAGGUGGUGGGUGUGACCACUCCCUUUGGAGACAUUAAAUCAGAGAAGGUUGUGAAUGCCACUGGAGUCUGGGGUCGAGAUCUGGUGGCCAAGCACGGUUCCCAUCUUCCCCUUGUGCCUAUGAAACAUGCCUACAUCGUUUCGGAAUCGAUUCCGGGGGUGAGGGGCUUGCCGAAUAUCAGGGACCACGAUUACUCCACCUACUUCCGCAUCCAAGGAGAUGCCAUUUGCAUGGGUGGCUACGAACCGAAUCCCAUUCUACUGGAACCCGUGCCCAAGGACUUCCAUUUCGGACUCUACGAGCUGGAUUGGUCUGUAUUCGAAGCCCAUGUCGAGGGAGCCCAGAAACUGUGUCCCAGCUACGCGAAAUACGGAGUGAAGAGCACGGUUUGCGGCCCCGAGUCCUUUACACCCGAUCAUAAGCCCUUGAUGGGUCCGGAUCCAAUUCUGGAUGGAUUGUACCACAAUUGUGGCUUCAACUCAGCGGGCAUGAUGUUCGGCGGUGGUUGCGGGGAGCAGACAGCCCUGUGGGUCAUCCAAGGGCAACCGGAGCUGCCGAUGUUCGGUUUCGAUCUGCGGAGAUUCACCCAGGAGCAGGGUAAGGCCACCCAGUGGAUCAGGGAAAAGUCGCACGAGAGCUAUGUGAAAAACUACAGCAUGGUCUUCAAGUAUGAUCAACCUUUGGCUGGGCGGGACUUCCAAAAGGAUCCGCUCCACGAGGAGAUGAUGAAGGCGGGAGCUGUGAUGGAGGAGAAACAGGGUUGGGAGCGACCUGGCAUCUUCCUUCCCUCCGGUUCCAAGAAGGCAGUGGUGCAACCCUACGACUGGUACGGAAGCUAUGGCCACCAGAAGAACCAAGACAGCGAAUACGAAAGGGUGCUGGAGGGCGAUCUUCAUUACAGCAGGUUCUCGGAGCACCAUGAUCUAAUAGGUUCAGAGGCAUUGGCCUGUCGCAAUAACGCUGUGGUUUUCAAUAUGAGCUAUUUCGCCAAGCUGCUCCUGGAAGGUCCUCAGGCACAGGAGGCCGCCGACUGGCUCUUUUCAGCCAACACUAACAGGGAUCCCAGCAAAACUGUGUACACCUGUGCCCUGAACGAUGCCGGUGGGGUGGAGGCUGAUGUGACCAUCUCCCGCUUGGCACCUGGUUCUGGAAAAAUCCACGAUCCGAAAUUCGAUGGUCAGGGCUUCUAUAUCGUGGCUGGCGGUGCCUCUGCCUUCUACACCUAUAGCUCUCUGCUGGCAGAGAUCCGUAGGAAGGGAUUCAACGCUUCCCUCAAGGACCUGACCGCCGAGCUGGGAGUAAUUUCCAUACAAGGACCGAACAGCCGAAAGAUCCUGCAGCCCCUCAUCGAUUGCGAUCUGGCCGAUGAGCAAGUGCCUCCGAAUAGCACCAAAUUGGCUAAGUUUGGGGAUAUGGGUCUCCGACUGCUGCGCGUGAGCUUCGUUGGAGAACUGGGCUACGAGCUCCAUGUGCCCAAAAAGGAUUGUGUGGCUGUCUACCGGAACCUGAUGAAAGCGGGGGCUGGCCAGGAUUUGCGCAACGCUGGCUACCGAUCGCUGUACUCCCUUAGCAGUGAAAAGGGCUACCACUUGUGGAGCUUCGACCUGCGACCAGACGACACUCCCUUGGAAGCUGGCUUGGCGUUCACUUGUCGCAAAACCGGAGCUGAUUACCGUGGCAAGGCGGCGAUUGAGAAACAGCGAGCCGAGGGCUUGAAGAAGCGCCUGGUGUACCUAACACUUGAGGAUCAGGUGCCCAUCUGGGGCUUGGAGGGAGUCUACCGCAAUGGCGAACCCGUGGGCAUUCUGCGGCGAGCGGAAUACGCUUACACGCUGGGAAAAUCCCUCGGACAGGCCUACGUUUCCAGGCCAGAUGGACAGAUCAUCGAUGCUGAUUACAUCAGGAAUGGGGAGUACGAGGUGGACAUCUUGGGUAAGAAAUACCGCGCCGACUGCCACUUGCGCAGCCCAUUCGAUCCCACCGGCCAACGGGUUCUCGGUAACUAUGCACCCGAGUCGAAGCCCAAUAAAUAAAGAAGAGCCUUUCGCUUCCAAGAACUCGUUUUCCUCUCGAGGGGAAUUUCUCUCAAUCUCCCUCUCCCUCUUUCUCUCAAUGUGAAGUGCCUGGCAUU